CUGGAAAAGCAGUAUAAAACCCCCCAGCUCACGAAACUGUCAAAAUUCAAAAUAUCCACCGCAAAAGCUCUCAGGAAACCAUGACUUUGCGGAGCGGGUUUCCGCUGCUGCACCAGCAAUUCAAGGCGCUGUUCAGGAAGAACCUCCUCCUCUCAUGGCGGAACAAGAGGGCCACAUUUCUCCACUUCUCCUCCUUCUUCUUCAUCUUCCUCAUCUUCUGCAUCCAGAAGGCGAUCGACGCGCGCAACGCCUCCUCCACGGCGUUCGAGAGCGUCGCCAAUCCUCCCGCCCUGGCCGCCCCGCCGAUCCCGCCGUGCGAGGACAAAUACUACAUUAAGACGCCGUGCUUUGACUUCGUGUGGAGCGGAAGCGACAGCGCGAGAAUUCAGAGAAUCGUCGGCGCUAUUAGGGAUAAUAAUCCCGGUAGGCCAAUUCCGUCGGGUAAGGUCAAAUCGUUUAGGACAACAGCUGAAGUGGAUGCAUGGCUGUAUGGUAAUCCUAUGCACUGCCCAGGAGCUUUGCAUUUUGUGGAAAGAAACGCCACUGUUAUCAGCUACGGCAUACAGACUAAUUCUACUCCUGUUGCAAAACGAGGGCAAUAUGAAGAUCCCACUUUCAAAUUUCAAAUUCCGCUCCAGAUUGCUGCUGAGCGUGAAAUUGCUCGUUCUCUGAUUGGAGAUCCAAAUUUUAGCUGGUUUGUUGCGUUCAAGGAAUUUGCACACCCUGCAAUGGAGCUUUUCUCUGCAUUCGACACAGUAGGACCGACCUUUUUUCUUGCAACUGCCAUGUUUGGAUUUGUGUUUCAAAUGACUUCUUUGAUCACAGAGAAAGAACUAAAGCUUAGACAGGCAAUGACAAUGAUGGGUCUCUAUGAUUCUGCAUACUGGUUCUCAUGGCUCACAUGGGAGGGAAUUAUUACACUUCUUUCAUCACUUUUCAUCGUUCUCUUUGGAAUGAUGUUUCAGUUUGAUUUUUUCCUUAACAACAGUUUUCUGGUCUUGUUCCUUGUCUUCUUUCUUUUCCAACUCAAUAUGCUUGGUUUCGCCUUUAUGUUGUCAGCCUUCAUAAGCAAAUCAUCAUCAUCAACAACUGUGGGGUUCUCUAUAUUUAUUGUUGGUUUUAUGACCCAGCUUGUUACAGCGUUCGGAUUUCCGUAUUCUAAUAGUAUCUCCAAGACCUACCGAAUCAUCUGGUCAUUUUUUCCACCUAAUCUCCUUGCCAAAGCUCUACAGUUACUAGCUGGUGCAACAUCCACUCCUCAAGAUAUUGGGAUUAGCUGGAGUAGAAGAACAAAGUGUGCACCAAAUGAUGAUGAAUGUGUUAUAACAAUUAAUGACAUAUACGUAUGGCUGGUGGUCACGUUCUUCCUCUGGUUUGUACUGGCUAUCUACUUCGAUAAUAUCAUCCCCAACAUAUCUGGUGUGAGAAAAUCGGUGUUUUACUUUUUAAAUCCUUGGUACUGGUUUGGGAAAGGUGGAAACAAAGUGAAAGAGGGCGGCAUUUGCAGUUGCAUAGGUUCAGUUUCAUCACAGGAGCAACUUACUGCAGAUGAUGAAGAUGUCCUUGAAGAGGAGAACAUUGUAAAACAGCAAACUAGGGAGGGCAUAGUAGAUCCAAACGUUGCUGUUCAGAUACGUGGCCUUGUCAAGACAUAUCCAGGAACCACCAAAAUUGGUUGUUGUAGUUGCAAGAGGACUUCAUCUUACCAUGCCCUCAAGGGUUUAUGGGUGAACUUUUCCAAGGAUCAGUUAUUUUGUUUACUUGGACCAAAUGGAGCUGGAAAAACCACGGCAAUUAAUUGUCUAACUGGAAUCACACCAGUGACAGGCGGAGAUGCAUUGAUUUAUGGAUAUUCUGCUCGAAGCUCGGUCGGCAUGGCAAAAAUUAGAAAAAUGAUAGGAGUUUGUCCGCAGUUUGAUAUUCUAUGGGAUGCAUUAUCUGGCAAAGAGCACCUCCACCUGUUUGCUAGUAUCAAGGGCUUACCCCCGUCUUCAAUCAAAUCGGUUGCUAAGAAGUCAUUGGCAGAGGUGAGGCUCACUGAGUCAGCCAAAAUGAGAGCUGGGAGUUACAGUGGAGGAAUGAAACGUCGCCUGAGCUUUGCGAUAGCCCUCAUUGGUGAUCCGAAGUUAGUCAUUUUAGAUGAACCGACAACUGGUAUGGAUCCCAUAACAAGAAGGCAUGUGUGGGACAUCAUAGAGGAUGCAAAAAAAGGGCGUGCAAUUGUCCUUACCACUCACUCGAUGGAAGAAGCUGACAUUUUAAGUGAUCGUAUAGGAAUAAUGGCAAAGGGUAGGCUCCGUUGCAUUGGAACUUCAAUCAGGCUUAAGUCUCGGUUUGGGACUGGUUUUAUUGCUAAUGUGAGCUUCACUGGAAGCACCAAUGGACAAAGUUCUCCAAACUGGGAUGCAGUUACUACACCUCACCAUGAGGCUGUGAAGCAGUUCUUUAAAGAUCAUUUGGAUGUUUUACCGAAAGAAGAGAACAAGGCCUUUCUGACUUUUGUUAUUCCUCACGACAAAGAGGGGCUUUUGAAGAAGUUUUUUGCGGAGCUACAAGACAGAGAAAGUGAAUUCGGUAUAUCAGACAUCCAGCUUGGUCUUACAACUCUCGAAGAAGUUUUCUUGAAUAUUGCGAGGCAGGCAGAGCUAGAAACUGCCACAGCUGAGGGGAGGUUGGUCCCUCUCAAUUUAACAUCCGGAGCCUAUGUUGAGAUACCUGUAGGAGCUAGGUUUGUGGGGAUUCCAGGGACAGCUUCUGCAGAAAAUCCGAGAGGGACUAUGGUAGAAGUUUACUGGGAGCAAGAUGAUUCCGGUGCCCUCUGCAUAUCUGGCUACUCAGCCGAAGCUCCAAUACCACCUCAUGUUGAAUCAAUGUCUUCCUCGGCUCCAACUUCACGCAGAAGCAGCCGGUCACGACAAGUUCAUGGAAUUGUGAUUCACCCGGACCAAAUCAGUAAUACUAGUCCUACUGUUAGUUAACAAGUUACCAGUGGUACAUUUUCUUCUGUACAUUUACAAAGUACCAUCACUGGAAGCACAUAGACAUUUUACAGUUAUUUUUAAAUAAAUGGUUGAGAAAUUACACGUAAAUUACAAUUUGUUUACAAUCUUGUUAUAUACUACUGUCUUUCAAUA